UCUAUCUCAGGGUCGGGGCUGAAUGUUUUGACUCGAUCUUUUUUUUUUUCUUUUUCAUAUUUCUUCCAUCCUUUUCCAUCACCUCACGACAUCUCGAUUUAUUUCUAUCCUAUCUCCUUAUCUUUUUGAUGGGUUUUCUUACGGAGCAUUUUACUUUGGGUGGCGGGGGGGUUAUUUUUCUUUCUCCGAAUUUCUGGAGGAGCUUCCGGAUAUGGUGUUGCUUGCUUGCUUUGUACUUUUUGGUGUUUUUUUUUUUGUUCCCUGCGCGAUGGCUUUUUCCCUUCUGCGGGUCACACAGUCCUCACGACAGGGCAAGGGGUGUUGUGCACCUCAUCGGAUCUGAUGUUUGGAUCCGAGCGUGGACAUGCCAUUUCCGGCACCGAUGAUAUUUCGACUUCUUCUGCUUCUUGUCUAUGAUUUCUGGGCACGUACCAACGGGUUUUCUCUUUUUUAAUGGCUGGGGUC